AUGGCGUUUUCUGAGCCUAAGAUUCCGUUCAAUGAAGUCAUUAUCAUAGGGGCCGGCUUUUCCGGUCUAGCCAUGGCCUGUCAGCUCAAAAGAAAGCUGGGAUGUGAUGACUUCGCUGUGUUUGAUCGAGCUAGUGGAUACGGGGGAGCAUGGCAUGCAAACAAAUAUCCAGGAUGCGGCGUCGAUAUACCAGCAGCACUAUACAGCCUCUCUUUUGCGCCAAAAACGGACUUUUCCUGUUUCUUCCCCAAGCAGCACGAGAUCCUACACUAUAUCAAUUCGGUGGUCGAAGACCAUCAGCUCAUGUCGAAUUUCACCGGUCAUACUGAGUGGGUGGGCGCUUCAUGGCAAGAGUCUUCCAAGACAUGGCACGUCAAUCUUAAAGACCUCCACACUGGGCAAGAAUUCACCCGCGAAUGCAGAAUUCUCAUCUCUGCCGUUGGAGCCCUAUCGAUGCCAAAUAACUCCAGUAUCCCAGGAGCCGAGCGAUUCAAAGGGGAUGUUAUUCAUACAGCAAAUUGGGAUCGGUCGGUAUCUCUGCGAGACAAGCGAGUUGUAGUGAUUGGCAACGGUGCAUCUGCAACGCAGGUAAUACCAGCAAUAGCGAAAGAUGCUCGUGAAAUUACCCAGUUUAUCAGGACACCGCAACUCUACCUGCCUGGACAGAAUACCACGAUUAGCAACCUCUGGCAAAGUGCUUAUAAGUACGUGCCGGGACUGCUGGUGCUAGUUAGAAUCGUGAUAUUUCUGUAUCUCGAAACAGCCACGCUGCAAUUCCGCCGGAAUCGGACUGGUGCGAAUAUGAGAGAUCAGCAAUUUCUAGUCAGCAGGCGCUACAUUCUGGACAAUGCUCCUGAGAAAUACUGGCCCUUGUUGAUUUCGACUACCGAAGCAGGUUGCAAGAAGAGACGGGUCUUCGACAACGACGGCUACAUUCAUUGUCUGAACCGAGACAAUGUUCACCUAAUAAAAGAUCCAGUUGUGGAGAUUACCGAAUCAUCAGUCGUAACUCAGUCUGGUCAAACGUAUCCUGCCGACGUGAUUAUACUUGGAACCGGCUUCUCGUUAGCCCACUUUGACACUAGCAUCACAGGCUGCCAAGGAAUAACCCGUGCCGAACACUGGCAAUCCCUCGGUGGAAUCAAAGCAUUCAACACAAUCGCCCUGUCCGGAUUCCCAAACAUGUUCUACGUUCUCGGGCCCAACUCAGGCACCGGUCACACGUCGACAAUCUAUGCUAUCGAGAGCUACGUUGACCUUAUCAUCCGCGUCAUUGAGCCCAUUCUUAAGAAAAAGGCCUCAUCUGUACAAGUCAAGGCAUCUAGCGAACAGGUUUACAGCAAGAAGAUCGAGCAGGCGCUGCAGAAGACGGUCUAUAACAAUGCAUGUCCAAGUUGGUUCAUCGACAAGAAGACCGGCACCAAUUGGGCGAUUUAUCCUUGGAGUUCCUUUUGGAUGUGGUAUACCACGAGAGCUGCGGGACUCGAUGACUGGAUUCUUGAGGUACGAGUCUCACGGGUUUUGAACAAGAAUUAG